CACGUCACGCAGUAAGGCACCAUGGGUAAGCGUAAGGCUAAGAAGCGCUCCAACUCCACCCUUAAGACCACCUCUUACUUCAAGAGGUUCCAGGUGAAGUUCGCGCGUCGCCGCUUGGGCAAGACGGACUACUAUGCCCGCCAGCGCCUGAUCCUCCAGGACAAGAACAAGUACAACUCCCCCAAGUACAGGUUCUCCGUCCGCUUCACCAACCGCGAUGUGAUCUGCCAGGUGAUCUACGCCACCAUCAAGGGAGACGUGACCAUCUGCGCGGCGUACUCGCACGAGCUCCCCAAGUACGGGAUGAAGGCUGGCCUCACCAACUAUGCCGCCACCUACGCCACCGGACUCCUCUGCGCGCGUCGUCUUCUGACCAAGUACGACCUCGCGGAGACCUACGAGGGUAACACCGAGAACCUCGGCGAGGAUUACAACGUCGAGGCUGAGGGCGACCGCCGUCCUUUCAAGUGCUUCCUCGACACCGGCCUCGUGCGCACCUCCACCGGAUCCCGCGUGUUCGCCGCGCUCAAGGGUGCUGUGGAUGGUGGCCUCGACAUCCCCCACAACGACAAGCGCUACGCCGGCUACGAUCUCCAGGACAAGUCCCUCGACACCGAGACUCUCGAGCGCUACAUCAAGGGUGGUGUCGUCGCCGAGUACGCCGAGGAGAUGGAGGAGGAGGAGCCCGAGAAGUACCAGGAGCACUUCAAGAACUACCACGACCAGGAGUUCGACCCCACCGAGCUGGAGGACAAGAUGGAGGAGGUCUUCGAGGCGAUCCGCGAGGACCCCACGCACACGAAGAAGGCCCGCUCUAAACCCGCCGACGCCAAGGUUUGGAAGCCCCGCAAGCUCACCUACGACCAGCGCAAGGCUGCCCUCAAGGCUAAGCUCGAGGCUCUCGUCGCCGCGUGAGAGGUACGAGGACGUACGAAGGUGUUGGGUUAAAGGGCACGACGGACGCCGCGCGUAUAGGCGUCGGCUGCCGUCGAGCCUAGGUGCGUUUCAGAGGAGCAGGACACGUGUAAUUUGAGACGUGAUUUAC